GUUCGCCGCCACGCAUCCCCCGCACCAACUAUCCGUUUAAUAGUUUAUAUUAAACUUAUGCCUGAUAUGAAUUAUCUAAAUUCGUGGCUUGUACCAUUUGGUUUUUAUCUACACAUGUUUAGUACUUCAGUAGCCGUAUAUAAAGUAAAUAUAAUAUUUCCUAUACCAUCGUGCGCCCAAUCGUUGGAUUCAUCUCACGAUAUUGUAUAUUAUUACUUACCGACGUCGAUAAAGUCAUAAAGAAUACACGAGCAUCAUUCAUCGUUCAUCAUGGAGAGCGAAGUUCUCGAAGAAAUGCCCGAAGCAAUAAUGGAAUAUUUCUGUGAACAAGUAUUGAAACGCGAUUGGCCGAACUGUAUUCACGCAUAUUAUUUCAUCAAAAAUGCAUUUCAAUGGAUGCGCAAAAAUUCAACAUUGAGUUACAAAUUAUACUAUAUUUCUAAUGACGUUGAGAAUGGAACGUUUAUUGGAAUUUUACUACGACCCGAAGAAAAAUAUCCAGACAUCAUAGUUGCAUACACUUGCCCGGGAAACGAAGAACAAUUCCGAAGGAUGCUGUUUAGCACUGAGUACAUCAACUGGCAGAAGAAACCGCUGUUUCGAGCAAUACCGUUCAGGAUGAAGGCCAUCGUGGAAACGAUGAUUGAGGAAAAGGGACUGAAGAGUAAACUAAACUUAAAUGCCGCGCUUAAGUGGAUGCCAGCCGAUGUAGCCGCCAGAUUAGAUUAUGUGAUUCCAGAAGAUGUUUUUAUUGACCGAUUGAGCGUGGAUCAUAUAGACUUUAUUUAUUCGGUAUGGGAUAAUAGCGACAUUUACCCCAAGUCCGACCUUUGGGAUACAGUAAGGCUCAACAUUGGUUUAGGUGUAUUCAACCGGCAUAAUGGCGAGCUAUUGGCGUGGGCCGUGUGUGGCAGUUACGGAGGUCUUAGUACUUUGAUGGUUCAUCCAGAUUACAGAGGACGCGGAUUUGGUAAGCUGAUUGUGUUGGCAGUGACAAAGGCAAUGGGUGAGAAUGGUGUCUCUCCGCAUGCACUUAUCAGUGAAAAGAACAAAGUGUCAUUGGGCUUGUUUGAGAACGUUGGCUACACCCAACCAAAUAUACCGGUGAUUAUAAUACAAAUUUAGGUGGAUUUAACAAUAUGUUUGUUAAUAUAUUAUAGCGUUCAUACAAUGUUUAUUAAUACAUUUAGAAGUACACUAUUUGACAUAUUUUGUUAAUUUAAAUAAUAAUUUAAUAAAAUGUAUCAUUGAUUCUACAA